UCAGGCAGCGCGCACGCCGGCGUGAGAGGGCACGGGGAAAAGGUGGCUGUGGCCGCGGCGGUUCGCUUUCCUGUGGCUAUGUAGCUGAGCUUGGCGGCUCGAGGUCCUCUUUCGCUGCCGCCGCCGCGUCCUAGCUCGGGGUUUCCGCUCGGGAGCGAGACUGUUCCCACGCUCGCCGCGCUCCCUCGACGGCAGAGCUUGCUCGCUUGCCCGUGGGAGCGUCCCGGCUGAGCAACCCUGAGGGGGGAGGGGAGGCCAUUUUGUCCCGACCGACUCCCCGGAACCGGGCGGAGCGGCUGGGAGAGGCUGUGGAGCCGCGGUCGCCGCCUUUGGAGGCACUGGACGCCUCCACCGUCGGGGCUUCCUCGACGAAGUGGUUCGUAGGUCGCCCGCGCCUUCUCGAGUCCUCCUUUUCCCACGCUUCCCCGGUUUCCCGGCCUGAGAACGCCCGAGAGGAGUUGGCUGUAGUGAGGGACUGAUCCCCUGGGGCCGCCGGCGGCGAGAGCCUGAGCCGCUCCUCCCAAUGGCGAAGAAGACGUACGACCUGCUUUUCAAGCUGCUCCUGAUCGGGGACUCGGGAGUGGGGAAGACCUGCGUCCUUUUUCGUUUUUCGGAUGAUGCCUUCAAUACCACCUUUAUUUCCACCAUAGGAAUAGACUUUAAGAUCAAAACAGUUGAAUUACAAGGAAAGAAGAUCAAGCUACAGAUAUGGGAUACAGCAGGCCAGGAGCGAUUUCACACCAUCACAACCUCCUACUACCGAGGAGCUAUGGGUAUCAUGCUAGUAUAUGACAUCACGAAUGGUAAAAGUUUUGAAAACAUCAGCAAAUGGCUUAGAAACAUAGAUGAGCAUGCCAAUGAAGAUGUGGAAAGAAUGUUACUAGGAAACAAGUGUGAUAUGGACGAUAAAAGAGUUGUACCUAAAGGAAAAGGAGAACAGAUUGCAAAGGAGCAUGGUAUUAGAUUUUUUGAGACUAGUGCAAAAGCAAAUAUAAACAUCGAGAAGGCGUUCCUCACAUUAGCUGAAGAUAUCCUUCGAAAGACCCCGGUAAAAGAGCCCAACAGUGAAAAUGUAGAUAUCUCCAGUGGAGGGGGCAUGACAGGCUGGAAGAGCAAAUGUUGCUGAGUGUCCUCCUGUUCCACCAGUUGCCAUCCACCACCCGGUUUUCUCCUCUUGCUGCAAAAUAAACCACUCUGUCCAUUUUUAACCCUAAACAGAUAUUUUUAUUCCUCAUCUUAAAUCCACCUAUUUUAUUUGUUCUUUCAUCUGUGACUGCUUGCUGACUUUAUAGUUUCUUCAAACAAAAAAUGUAUAGAAAAAUCAUGUCUGUGACUUCAUUUUUAAAUGUACUUGCUCAGCUCACCACUGCAUUUCAGUUGUGUUAUAGUCCAGUUCUUAUUGACAUUAAAACCUAUAGCAAUCAUUUCAACUCUAUUCUGCAAAUUGUGUAAGAAUAAAAGUUAGAAUUAACAAUUUUAUUUUGUACAACAGUGGAAUUUUCUGUCAUGGAUGAUGUGCUUGGGUCCCUAUAAUCUAUGGACGUACGUGCGAUAGCAAAAGAAACAAAAAAAAGCCAGGAAAAUGCUCAUUUUCACCUUGAAUAUGUAAAUGGGGUUAAUUUUGUCCUGUGCCUUAUGUGGAAAGGAACUUCUUUGGUUUCACCUUUUUUGUUUUGGUGGCCGCAUGUGCAGGAGACAUAUCAUCCAAACAAACUAUUAAAAUGUUUGUGAUUUGCUUGGCUAUAAUUUUCAAAGUAGUUAAUUGAGGACAAAGGGUUAUUGCAGAAAUGAUAACUUUGGUUUGCUGAGUCUCAUUUUAAGUAGCACUGAUAUUUAAGAUGAUUCUUGCCACCACUUCUCCUUAGCCACGUUUUCCUUGCUUCUCUUCCUGCAUGCUGCUUUAUUUGCCUGUCCCUCCCCCCACCAUCCCAUGAUAUGAGUUAUUUAAAAAUGAAAGGGAAAAAACUAAUAGCUUUGUCAGAUUUAACAUGAAGCACUGAUUUAACUUGCUAAGUAAACUGAAAGACAAAAUCGAACUGCCUACAAAUGUCAGUUAAUUGGUGUCUUCCCCUCAUGUGCUCUCUCCCAUAAAACUUGCAUCUCUGGAUUCCUUCAUUUUCUGUUUUCCUUCUGUGUCCUCUUCUCCUUCCUUCUUUGUUCCCCUCCUGUCUAUCCAUUGCAUUUAUGAAAUGGAAGAGUUAAUUGCAUGCACUAGUGUUUGGAGGGUUUUGUGGUUUGUCUUUCUAAUUAGGUGUGUAGCCUAUUCAUUUUCCUAGAAUAAAUCUCUUAACCUAAAUUUGAGUACUCUGUUUUGGCAACUCCUCCAGCAGUUUGGUAGCCCAAUAAAGGUUUUUUUAUUUUUUGUUUUUUAAAGGCAGGGAAGGAGGAGGGAAAUUUAUUAACAUGUUUGCCAAAUGUGUUAAGAUUUGGCUUUUGAAGACAUUUUUCAGUGUUAAGUUGUCUUUACCUUAAGAUUUAAAAAUACUUUAGAAUAUUAUUAAUUUUAAGUCUUAUCUUCACAUGCUUUUGGAAAACUUGUAUUACCAUAGAUUUGUUGGAAAAAGGACAACAAAAGGCUUUUCAUGUAAAGUUAAGAUCUCUAGCUAUCUCUAACCCUGCCCCUUUUUUUGCUUCAUUUUCUAGUUUUGCUUCAUUGUUUAUCAUUAGAAUAGGGUAAGUUAAAUUUGCUAUGCUGCUAGCAUCCUAAGAUGAUACCUUUGUUGAAAUAAUUGUGAAUAGCAUGAUUCAUUUCUAGCAGAGGCUGAGUUUAGGACAGCAGUUUCCAUUGAAAAGUCCUUCUGUGUCGUGGAUAGCAUUUUAAUGCCCUUUUGGCUCUUUUAAUGCCCUAUGGACGUAUUUGCUCUGGAAAUGCAAGAAUUUUUCAAAUAGUGCCCUAAAAACAAUUUUAUAUGCCUAACUGGUUGUCAUUCUUGGGUUUUCCCCUCACUGGACUUUAUCAUUGUUUACUUGUAGUAAUAAAGCAGCCUUGCCAAAUAAUCCCUAAUUUUCCACUAAAAAAAAAUUAUGAAAUGAUACUAAGCUUCUCAGAAAGUUUUAGCUUAAGCCUACUGUUGUUAGAUUAACUUGUUUUCCCUUUCUCUGGAAUGUGGCAGUAGCUUUUUUAUUUUAAAUUCUCCUUAAUCCUUAUUAAAUGAAGUGACUUAAGGUUUGAGAACUAAACACUGGGAUUUCAGGUAACAGACUGACAGUUUUUGUUGUUUGCAUAAUUAUAACUGGCAUUGUCCGAAGAAAAGAUGUGGCUACCUGUUGUUAAAUCUGCACUUUCUAAAUAUCAAAAAAAAAAAGGGGGGGGGGGAUGGAGUAUGAAUCAAUUUUUGUAUCUGUUGGAAACAUGAGUUUUAUUUGCUUAAUAUUAGGGCUUUGCCCAUUUUCUGUAAGUCUCUUGGGAUCCUGUGUAGAAGCUGUUCUCAUUAAACACCAGUUAAGUCCAUUAUCUGGUACUAGUUACAAAUUUGGUUUCAUAUUCUACUUAACAAUUUAAAUAAACUGAAAUAUUUCUAGAUGGUCUACUUCUGUUCCUAUAAAAACAAAACUUGAUUUCCAA